GUAGAGCUUACACCGCUCCAGCAUGAAACUGCUAGUGUUGUUACUGUGACAAGAACAAUAGCCAGAGGCUGAAUGUCAGACUAUUUCUGUCUGUCCAUUACUUUACAGACACAGCAGUUACUCCAAUCUGCUGCACCACAUUCAUUGACCAACUCUCUGGAUAAAUAAGGUGUUGGUUUUCUGUUAAAUGUUUCACUAACCAAGGGAUUUAAAUUCUCCCAUUUCUAACAAGGCAUAAAAGACAAGGAAACAAAAUGCUUGAAUCCAUUCGCAUAACUGGUGAGUAAACAUAAUUUCAUUUUUUAUUGUGCCAUGUACUAAGAGAAUUGAAGAGCAUGUUUGCAAUAAUACAGACUCAGAUUGCAGGACUAAUGACAUCAUUAAUGACGGAGUUUACAUUUAUUCAGCAACCCUUUUGAAUGUUGGAUGGUUGUUCGAUCGUCAUUUUAUUCUCAGCUCAGAAAACAAGAAAUUGUCCUGUUUUCAUUUAUCAUAUACUAAGGAUAUAUUAACGGACAGUAAACAAACAGCAUAUUAAAGACUCCAGCUAUAUACCUGUGCUAGCAGGCAGCCAGACCAAGCAGAGUUACCAGGGAAUAGAAUUUCAUUGACAAAUUAAAGACAUUUCAUUCCUAUAGAUUAGGAUUGCUAUUUUAGUAGCAAACUAUUUAAUAAUGGGGCCCUAAUGACUGUGUGCACCCAGGGACCCAGCAGUUCUUAAUCAAUCCCUGGACAUAUUUAGCAUUUUCAGUUGCUGACGCACUGCAGCACAGUCAAAUUACAGGCUAGUAGUCAUUCAUUUCUACAGCAGAGAGAUUGCAUAUAUAUUUUAUUUAUUCAACAAUGAUAUGUUAUAUAGUGUUCCCUGAAAUCAGAUGGAAAUCAUACACUGAUUUGUUUUAACAGUGGCCUAGAAACAUAAAUACUGUAUGUUUUCCCUGAUAUUAAAGGGUUAGUGGGAAAACUCUGCAAUCAAAUUUGACAUCAUUGCAUGAUAAUCACUAACCGGGUAUCUAUAAAAACAUUCUAAUUAUUUUUCAUUUUUUUUGCACGAUCGUGUGGACAUUCUGGUUAUGUUAUUUAAGGUUUUUAUUUUGUAAAGUCCAAGACUCAAGGAACUAUGUUUUAGUCCUCACCUGGGACUUCUUUCAACAUAUAAAAAAUGAGCAAACAUAUAUUAUGUUCCGCCAAAAUGAAGUUGCAGCCAUAACUAGAGCCAUAGGGCCACCUACUCAAGUAACUAGAGCCCAGAAAUGAUAAAUAUCAACACAUGGCAACAAGAGCUGUUAUAUGUCAAAUUGAUCACUUAACCACACAUGUAUCAUAGGAUAAAGAUAUUCCAUAAUAAAGUAUCAAUACACCUACAAAUGCAGUACAAUUCAAACACUACAAUACUGAUAAACCCCAUUUCCACAAUAGUUUAGACCAGGCAUAGAAGGAAUAGUGCUGAAUACAGAGUGAUAGCAUGGGAAGUGCUGAAUGAACCAGCAAUAUAUAUAUAUAUAUAUAUAUAUAACAGAAAGAGGAAACACUUCUUCAUUGUAAAGUACUAAAACACAUGUAGAUAAGAUACAGUACUGUACGAAUUCCUCAAUAAAAAAAGAAAAUCCAGCGCACUCCCUUAUCCACUAAACAGCAACUUCGAUGCUGACAGAUUUUGUUCGUUUUUUAAAUACCUACUCUAGGCAAAAAUAAUGUGGGUUUGGUUACAUUAUAUGAUCAUACAUUACAUUAGCCUGCCACAACGUCAGUGUACCCCAUCUUUGGCAGGUCCUACUCUAACAGCCAACUGUCUGCUAAAUGAGCUACUUACUUGGGGAAAAAAAUGCAGUACAAGGCUAAAUAGGGCCCUGGGAUGAGGCCCCUGUGACAGGGAGGGGUGCAAAACCAAGGAGUUGGCUAGACUCCCAAAUAUAUAUAUAUAUAUAUAUAUAUAUAUAUAUAUAUAUAUAUAAUGAGAAAUCAGGGGGCUGGCUGCCCUCACCUGAACAUGCAUAAAUAGGGUGCUGCUGGGAGCCAAUACGAAUUCCCCAAUAGUAAACAACUUAUCCCCUAGAAAAAGACAUAGAAUAAAAAGUACCAGUAAAACAGAAAAAAAUAUACAGGAACAUAAGUGCACGGCAAAAGGAAAAGAUAUAGUAUAAAAUGUAUGCUAAACAUGUUACACAUAUUUACUAUAUUGCAGCAACCUAAGAAAUAGUAAAGGGACACUAUAGUCACCAGAACCACUGCAGCUUAAUGUAGUUGUUCUGGUGGCUAUAGUCUGUCUCUUCAGGCUUUUUAAUGUAGACAUUAUCUUUUCACUUUACCUAGUAACACCUCUAGGUGCAUUCACUCAGACGGCCACUAGAGGUGCUUCCUAGAUUCAGCAUCUCCAUGCUCGGCAUGUAGAAGCUGAACGUUCCCCAUAGAGAUGCAUUGAUUGAAUGUAUCUCUAUGAAGGUAUGAUGAUUGGGGCAGUGCUGUGAUUUGCUGCGCAUGCGCCAUAUUUUCCCAAGGAAACCAUUGGAUUGGCUGAGAUUGUCAGAUUAAUUAUCUCAGCCACAGAGGCAGAGCGUGGUGAAGCGGCCCUGGAAAAAAAGGUAAGUAAACUCAUCUUUUUAAAGUAAAGAGAGGGGAAGGGGACCUAAGUAGUAAUUUUACCACUACAGUGUCAGGAAUACAUGUUUGUGCUCCUGACACUAUAGUGUUCAUUUAAUAAAGCAGAGCCAAAAAAAAAAAAACACCUGUAAAAGCAGCAGAAAGAUAAUACUGUAUGAUAUAUUGGUUAAACGGUUACACACGCAGACUUACUAACUAAAUUGAGAACAAAGUGAAUUCACAUAAAUUGCACAUUUAAGGCCCGAGUACCAAACUGAAAACAUAACUAACUUGGAGAGUUUUUCCAGUUUGGUUAUUUUGACCUUAAAUUUGAAAUUUACUUUGCAUUAACCUUGAAUUCUCACCAUAGUGAAUAACCCUGUUAAUUACAUCGUAACAACAACAGUUAUCAAGUAGAGAGAUAACGUAUAACAAGUGUUUCUUCAAUUACAUCUGAAAGGGACUAACAUAUUCCACGUAAAAAUCGAAUAUGCCUCAUGGCAUAACAGCUCAUUUGCCCUUUCACCCCUUCUAUCCGUAAACAGAAUCUGUUCAAUAUAGCAACACAUUGGAGGAAGGGAUGUUGAUAUCCUGCUUUAACAAAAUGAUGUGCCACUGGUUUUUCCGAAAAACCUUCCCUUGGGGCUGUAUGGAUAUAAAACCAAUGAUUUCAGAUCUUUUUCCCUGACAGAGUUUCAUUUUCAACACAUAAGUGAACCUGAAUGGGCAUUGAAUCUUGUAGAUAAAAAAAGUAAUGUACAUGUAUUGCAUUGGCCUAUUAUAUGUACAUGCCCUGAGUGGAUGGUAGAAUUUUUAGCCCCAGCCAUAUUGACUGCAGGUUACACAGCUGUAAGUUGUAACAACCUGGGUUGUUAAAGUGGUGCUAUAGUGCCAGGAAUACAAAGCUGUAUUUACCACCCUGGUAAAUAAAGGGUUAAACAACCUUUACUUACUUACCUGAUCCCAGCGCCGAUGUCCCUCGGCACUGGGUUGCGACUCUGCUUCCUUUUCCAUCCCAUGACGAGCUGGCUCUAAUGCUAAUCACUGCUUUCCUAUAGGGAAAAAUCUGACACUGGAGGUCCUCAUGCAGAGCGUGAGGAUGUCCAGCGUCAGAUACCAGACCAAAUGUCCAUUUCAAUCCAGCAAUCCCUCUAGUGACUGUCUGGUAGACGUCCACUGGAGGCGAUCUAGUGCUGCAAUGUAAACAUUUCAGUUUCUCUGUUUAACAUUGCAGUACUAUGGGCAAUAGGGACACUGUACCCAGACCACUUCAAUGAGCUUAAGUGGUCUGCGUGCCUACAGUGUCCCUUUAAUAGUUUCAUGAGAAGGGUAACUAAUUUUCUGGUCUCUAUAUGCGAAAAUGUUCUAUAAAUUUACAUUUCUUUUAUAUCCAAAUCUUAGUAUUAAGUAGAACAAAAAGGUCAAGCUUGGCUACCUCUGACUAUUGGCUACCAGUGACAAUAGGUCAGUUUUUUUCUAACCAAAUGUACUCUGAUGUUAGACAAGACAUUACUAGUCUGUUCGAAACAUACCCUUUUAUUUCCUUUAUUAUAUUUUGGAGUGGCAUUUGUAAAGUUCAUGUGUGCUUUUAGUUAAUACACAGUUUAAUACCCCCUAGCGGUACAAUAUUUUCAUAUAUCUUUAAUCUGUCAAUAACCAUUUGGCAUGUCAAAUUUAUUCCUUAGAACGAUCAUAAAACUGUGCUUAAUAAAGGGAUCAUUCAGGACCCUAGGGUGGAGGCUGUUUUGUAAUGAAGUAUGGUAUAAUGAUCCAUAUUUUUCUAAAAGGGGUAUAGCUGAAGUCAGUGUGGUGGAUUGAGAGAUGAAGAAACUCAAUCAACUGUCUAUGAAAAAACAAAACUGUAUGUUACCAUCCAACUAAUUUAGUUGUUCUACCACGGUUUCCAGCUCAUGAGAAGUACCUGUCUAUGGCAGGAACAGCUCAUCAAUGUUCUGAAUGUAACUCAAAAUAGAACAUCCGUGGGUAUUCUUAAUAUGUUGCUUUUCUCGUAAAUGCAUUUGAAUAUAUAGGAGCCUUUAGAUUUAUUGUAGGCUUUGAACUAGUUGCCAGUCUAUUUCUUUACUGAAAGUGUAUGUCAAUCUGUCUCUUGUUUUAUACUAUUGUGAGCAUUUUGAAGGCUGCAGCAGGGAUAAGGUCAUCUGCUCUUGGUAAGUUUCCAUAUGUUUCAUGAUUUUGCUUACAGAGUCAGAUUGCCCAAUUCUCCUAUACUUUCGACCAUAUUUAUCAUGAAACUUCAUGCCCAAUGGUCAAUUUGAUCCAACACAGAAACAAAUGCUGAUUGUUUUUUAUUUAGUUUUUCAAGCCCCAAUAGCCCCAAUAUGGCUGUUUGAAUAUUUACACAUUCUGUUGGAAUAUUCACAUUAUCUCUUCACCUUUAUAACCAUGUUUCACACUUCUGAACUUAAUCAUGUUACCAAAACAGAUACAGGAAAAAAGCUAACUCAUUAUUGACAUCUCUUUUCCUUGUAUAGACCGAUGCUCUAUAUGGAUAUAUAUGUCUCAUUUUGGGACAGUUUAGCAGUUUUUAUAACUGACAUAACCCUAACACACAAACCCAGGUAUAAACAGCAUGGAAGCGUAUACCUGUCCUUAAAGUGGCCAGGCUGGUGCAGGUGACAGAUGUCAGACCAAGAAUAAAUGUGGACAAGCCGAGGUCAAAGGGUAACAGAAUUGUAAUAACGAGAAUAAAGAAUAUAAGAAUUCAAGCCAUGGUCAGGAUAUCUAUAGGAACGCACUCAGUCUCAGGUAAUCAAAAUCCAUGACAGGGCAAGGAAACAAGGAUAAUCCAGAAGUAUAUAUCUUCAAUAGUGUGUAGUGUUUGGUUAGUUUAAAAGAUAUCUUUAGCUUGCUACCAAGCACACAUCCUCGAAAAUCACCAUAAUCACUAAUGAUAUAAACAGAGGGACAUAGAAGCGUUCCAGCUCAUUAAUUGCACUUCGGAACAUGGAAGUGACAUCAUGGCUGCGAUCACGCAGCACAGCGAUUGAUAGAUACCAUAACAACAUUCCACAAAUCAAAAUUAAUUACAAAAAGUUAUAUUUCUUAGAAAGUUGAUAGCUCAUUAUAUUUUAGAACUUUUCAUGCAGCCAUUUUUCGCUUAGAUCUAUUGACAACUCGCUAACUAUGUUUGCUCUGUGUUUUGCAGAAAAGCUUUAUUGGCUGAAGGAAGAACAUUCCAGGAAAUCAGUGUUAAGUAUGAAUGAAAAGAAAGUCCUUGAUACUGGGCAAAAUGUGCAAGAAAUGGCUGCGAGUGUUUUGAGGGACACAUUUAUAACAGGUACAAGUAACUAUAAUGUAUUAAUUCAGGGCACAAAAGAGGAGAAAAGGCAGAUAUCUCCAAAGAAAUCAAUUUUGGGCCAGAACAAAAAGAGCAGGAAGACAAACAAGACUUCCAAUUCAUCACGCAGUAAGAAACACAAAAAAAUCAGAGUUCCCUCACCAAACUGUUUUUGUGCCAAAAGAAAUCUAUCGGGUUUUAUCUCCAAUGCUAAAGACUCCAGUAUUAAAUACUCACAGAAUAUCUCAGUUUCAGGGAGCAUUGUAAGGCUUACAAACAGACCUAAAAUAAAAUCCAAGAGGAGACAUUAUUUGUCUAGUUUGAUUGAGGAGAAAGAAUCCAGAGUGAUGAAAACUCCAAUAAAGGAAGACAUCUCGGGGAAGAAGUUUUGCAUACUGAAUGCCAUUAAGCCUUCAAACGUGGAGAAAGAGAAGAUGAAGUUUUUCAAGUCACAGUUUACUUACAAUCCUCAGUUCGAAUAUGCUAACCCUGCUCUGCCAAGUGUCUUAGCCAAGCACAGCCAUGCUUCUGAUAGAUUUCUUCAACAGGUAGAUACUUCUCGUUGUUAUUUUUUAUAUAUUUUAGUUUCUUUGGUUUCAUCAUUUCUAAUCUUCUUGCCAUUAAAGCUGCCCACCAAGGUAAUUUAUAAAUUGUCAUCUUGAUUACCCACCAUAAUCAGAUUAAAAAAAAAAAACACAAAACACAAUUUAGCCAAUAUCUGUGUUAUCAAAAACACUAUUAAUUAGGUAUCUACACGUAUGUGAAUCCAGAAUUAGUUUCUUUUUUUUUCUUCUUUUUUUUUUCUUCAAAAUACAGUUUUAAAGAUUGCACAAAAAGAUAUACAAUUACAUACAUAUUACGAUGACUUUACCAGGCAAACCGAGUAAACAUUACAUUGAAGACAUUAUAAAGAGAGUGACAUUGUCUCAUCGGUUGUCCCUUAGUCCUUUCCGCUGUUUAACAGAAGUGUUUAGGCAUCAACAAAGUAAACUUUUUUCAAAAUAACAAAAAAAUAUUGAUACAUACAAUAGAGUAGUAGAGGGUGAACAAAAAAUAUAAGCAAAUUAAAAGAAAGAAAUUAUAAGAAGAGCCAGAGAUGCUGAGUUUGCUACGCAUAUUUGUCAGUUUUAUUGUUAGUUGUAUAUCCUUUUGGGCUGUAUUUGAAAAUUGUGUGUCUUGUUUUGGAUGGAGUACAUUAGUUUGUAGUGUUCCUUCGGAUUAAAGAAUGUAUGUCACACCUCAAAAGCUUUGUUAGUGUUCUUGAUCCAACCUUAAAGGGACACUCCAGGCACCCAGACCACUUAUGCCCAUUGGAGUGGUCUGGGUGCCAACUCCCAUCACCCUUAAUCCUGCAAGUGUAAUUAUUGCAGUUUUUAUAAAACCUCUACCUCCAUCUCUAUCAGACAGCUACUAGAGGGACUUCCGUGUUAUUAAAAACGAAAAUGCUGACAUCGGCGGAGGAGGAGCGUGGGCGGAGCCUGACUCAGCACCGAGGGACAUCGGCGCUGGAUUCAGGUAAGUCACUGAAGGGGUUUUAAUAAUUCAUUUAUUGCACCCUCUUACAAAAAAGAUGGAUUAAAGAGCAAGACCACUAUAUGUGCAGCAUUAUGCUCCUUUCAGACCUGCUUUUCCAGCAAGUCGUGUUUUGUGAGGUAAUGUGUUGUAACCAUAUUGGUUACAUAGGUACCACUUAUGUAUCAUUUUAUGAUGAGAAGAGCAUGUGGUAAGAUCUUUGUGGGCUUUAGAUGCUCUGGACCACUGCUCCUGGCACAAUUCAUAACCCAGCUCCCCAUGCCAGGCUUCCAUGAAUCUCAAAGACAUUUCUGCAGCAAUUCUAUUUAUGCAGCUAUAACUUAUUAUUAUUAUAAUGAAUAACACCUUGUUUGUGGGGCAAGUUGAAGGCACAUUUUUGCGAAAUUGGUAAACUGGGAGCCUGGUGCCUCAGGGUGAGAUAUAGGUUGAACGGAAUUUGUGAAGGAUUUGAGAUGAUGGUUUGUUAUAUAACGUGCAAAGCACUGAUAAGAAGGAGGUGUCUCUAGGCUGUAAUGUAAACACUUCCUUUUCUCCGAAAAGACAGUGUUUACUAUAAAAAGCCUGCAGGGACUGGCUAUAGAUGCCAGAACCACUACAUUAAGCUAUAAUUGUUCUGGUGAUUAUAGUGUUCCUUUAAGAAAGAACCAAUGGCUAGAGAUAUGCAAAUGAUUGAUGCGAAAAACUUGGAGAACAAUUGUGAUUGGAUGAUUCAGGACAAGGUGCUGCAGCAACUAAAGAAAGUUAAUAUAAACAAAGCUCAGGGCCCAUAAGGAGAUGCUAAUGGCCAGGGAGGCAUUUGGCUCUGCCCCAACCCGCCUCCUUGCCUGAGAUCAUCAGAAUUGACUAUCUCAGCCAAUUCAGUGCUUUCCUAUGGGAAAGCAAUGUGAUUGGUUGAGAUAAUCAUUUCUAAUUAUGUCAGCCAAGGAAGUAGAUCAGGGGCAGCACCAGCAGACUGGAAUAAAUGUAAGAUUUCACUAUAUUUAUUGGGGCAAAGAGGGAGGGCAGAGGGGCUAGAUAGUAUUUUUACGCUAUACGGUCAUGAAUACAAAUUUGUGUUUCUGAGCCUAUAGUGUUCCUUUAAUUGUAUUGAAGAUAGAAAGAAGUAAGUAGAAGUAUAGAUAAAGACGCCCAAAGUUGCAGGCCUGACAGACCAGGACCAAGAUGGCGAUGGCAGGAACGACACACUGCCGCUGCAGACCUCCCCAGGCUCCCAUAACCUACGGUAACCCAGGACUUCUUACAAAAUUGCCUGGAAGACAUAUCCAGCAAAAUUCUGGCGUCCAUCCAAGGCACUCUGAAGGAACUUCAUAAAGAUAUACCGGAGCUGGGAGACAGAACUGCGCAGGUUGAACAGCAUAUGGAGGAGCAAGCAUCUGUACAUAAUGAAAUGGCAGACCAAGCGCAGAGCCUGCAGCAGCAACUGGAACAGACGCAGCACAAAGUUAUGGACUUGGAGGAUCGCUCACGGAGACAAAAAUGAGAAUCCGGGAAAUACCGGAGGAGGUGAAGCAACAGGACCUACACGCAUAUCUAAUAGAGUACUUCAAAGAAAUAGCACCAGACCUACCAGCUGAGGUACUGAUCCUAGACAGGUAUCACAGAGUCCAAAAACCAACGUUCCUGCCACAAGAUACUCCAAGGGAUGUGCUUACCCACCUACACUACUUUCAUGUGAAAGAGGCAAUUCUUCAGGCCACAAGAGCGGGCAGGGAUCUGCCACAAAAAUUCUGAAACAUUAAAAUAUUCACAGAUUUAUCAGCAGCUACACUACAGAAAAGGAAAGAAUUUAAGGACACUACGGAAACCCUACGCAAUAAUAAUAUCCAGUACCGAUGGGGAUGCCUGAUCCGCCUGCUGAUUAGGAGAAACGGCACAGUGACUACGGUGAACACCCCGGAGGAAGGCCGCAGGCUCUUACGCAGCUGGGGCACGACACCAACCCAAGAGGGGAAGACCUAUGCAGUCCAAAACAGACUGUCUCCGGAGUGGAAAAGGCCCCAAAAAUUUACUGAAACGCGGACUAACUGCAUGAGAUGCGGAAUAAUAGUUACACUAGAUGGAGUGGAACAGACACCGAGUUGCAAGUAUACCCGACACACGCUACACAUAUAUGUAGUUUCACAAUCACUCCAUAAUGCACACAGUUGUACUAUUAAAAUGGCAUAUCGCUAUGCCUAGCAUCCCUAAAAAGAACUCACCGAGACACACUAACAAGAACAAAAAAAAAAGAAGAAAGAGGGGACAAGAGGGGCCAAGACCCAUGAAAUCUCGAUUAUACUGUACACUCCACUCAUGUACAAACCUCCACUCACCACAUCUCUUGCACUUCAGCUAUCGGCUGCACACAAGUUAAACCAUAGCGAGCACUGGGGAUAGCGUGCUCAUCUAGUAACACUUUAUUUUUUCAUAUUAAGCGUAAACCAUUUUUUCAUCUUAAGCGUAUAACCGGUGCCCCACCCUUCAGUGGGAAAUGUUAAAACGUGUUACUGAACUAAUGUUUGUUAUUUAUCUUACAAUGUUCACUUCAAAUGUUAUGCAUAAUUGUUGCAUUACUGUUUCUUUACCCGUAUUCCCUCUUACCCUAACCCACACCACCAGACAGGUACCAAACUACAACGUAAGCCUCAUUGUUGGGAACCAUAGGAAUCAGGGAGAAGUAGCGCAUCAUCAGGGGAGAUCACACUGGGAUCUACCAUACAUCCCAGUACCGCUAAGAGGAAAUCCAGCUCACAAAUGCAAGGGACAUACUGCAAAGGGGCAGGUGGGCAACAAGCCAGGACCCAGAGAUAACAGUAACGACACACUAGUCUUAAAGCUCGAACAACCCUCAGUAUAACCCCAUAGAAUAUGAAAAUAUACUGCCAUAAUAUAAAAGGACUGAACACACCGGUGAAAAGGUACUGCCUCAUGAGAGACCUGCGCAAAGAACAUCCUGACGUGGUGUGUUUGCAGGAAACCCACCUCAAGAAAGCAAUCGCCAUAACACAGACGCAAUACACAACACAGUUCCACAGUACCUCUAUGUCCAAAACUAAGGGGGUCUCCAUUGUCAUUAGCAAAGAUGUGUCCUUUAAAUUGCUAUAUGAAUCCGUACAUUAUACUAGUAUGUGAAAUCAAUAACCUAGAACACACAAUAGGCAACAUAUACGCUCCAAACACAAAUCAGAGGAAUUUUUUACACAAAGUAAUCAUGCUACUUCUACCAGUCCAGAGGGGCGUCACAAUCAUUUGCAGCGACUUAAACCACAUACUUGACCCCAGAUGGGACACCACGGUGCAGCCCAACACUCCCAGAUCAGCUACCCUCAAGAGGGAAUGCAAACCACUAACACGACUGCUUAAGGAACACGACUUUUACGACGCAUGGAGGGUGCAGCACCCUGAGGAGAGGGAUUAUACCUUCUUCUCUCAGGUGCACAACACUUACUUGCGGGUAGAUGGGUUUUGUAUAAAAGGCACCUUCCUCAAUCAACUCACAGACUGCUCCAUAGGCACCAUAACAUGGUCGGACCACGCUCCAAUAACCCUAGAACUACAAGAUGCGUACGAUUACAAACACCGCAGCCCGUGGAGACUCAAUGAGUCUUUACUAACAGAUCCCCAAUUCUGCAACCAAUUAAAAGACGACAUCUAGGGGGCGGGGCUUGACCGCCGACGGGAUCAGACGUGCUCUGUCUGAGCUCCUGCUCCAGGGCCUGAAAAUCGGAGCAAAUUGGGGGCCAACCGCAAACUUAGCGCCACAACGGUGACUACUCCGACCCCCAAACACAGGAGUACGCGGGGAUAAAGCCCAAGACCCUACUCGGCACCGACAGAAACCCGACAAGGGACCAGUUCUCGCUGGAGCUUGAGCCGGGACGAGACGGCCGCUCUCCCGGGUCUCCGGCCGGCGUGUCGCUCCUCCCCCCCCCCUGGACCGGGGGGGUCAUCCCAGUCUGCAAGGGCACCACACACCACCCUAAGCUGGGCCCAAACAACCGCCCUGGCCAGAGAAAUCCACUGGGCAAAGCUCCACAAGAUGGCCGCCGCCAGCCAUGUGCGCAAAAGGCCUGUAAGAUCGAACUGCUUGAGGAGAAACAGUCAGACCACCAUGGCAGCCCGUCCCAAGGCUAUGCUGGUAAACUACACUGGGCAAAUCAAGGUACAGGCCAGGGGCAUCAAUCAAGCAGGGAGAAAUGGGGUAUACACAAAGCGGAACCCCACUGACCAAACCUUAUAAAGCAUUCCCCCAGAGACCAAUAGAGCCUAGAACUACCUGAAACAAGCCAGAGGGACAGAAACAACAAGCCACUCACCCUCCACCCAACCAGAAACAACCUAUAUAAUCCAGCCUGAACCUAAGCCACCAUAACCACCGCCACAGACCAACGAAACGGCGCAGGAGGUCACCACUGGGGCACAAGAGGCGCCUACCAAACACCGGAGUGGACUGACACUACAGAUUGGGAACCCAGGGACUGCACCUAGAGAUACCAGCCUUGUUUCACGAUGGCGCUGGGACGCGCGCUUGCUAGGCACACACAACGAGAAGCCCAAAUAAACUAACACGAUCCAGAUGGGCUAGUCUCAGGACUUCACGCUUAGUGUUUGACCUGCUUACCCAAAUGACCACGACUGGAAAUACACUCAGACGGUUAAGCUUAAUGUGUUCACUACAUGCCAUUCUACUCUCUCAUUGUAUUUGCACCCUAACUAAACUACUAACCUCAUAAAAGCGACUGUACACACGCUUAAGUUUAACAUAGUGACUCCACAGUGAGACAGAAUAUAUCUUGCUAAUUAAGCAACGACACUCUACAUAAACACUAUUUUUAAACUACUGUUAUUAAUCGACAAAAUAAUUCCUUAUGACAAACAUAGUUACCCAGCUUGUACCUAGCCUGUAUUACUAACCAAAAAUUGUGCAUAUAACCUGAAUGCUGUACAGCAGUUAACGAAUAUGUGGUUGUUUUUUGUUUUUUUCUUCAACUGUUUGCAAAUGCUGCUGCGGCAUUGUUGACAUACGAAUGUUAUUUCACGCACAGCAAAAAUAAAGAAUUAAAAUAAAAAAAUAAAAAUAAAAAAAGACGACAUCUACCACUAUUUUGCCACAAACCAAACACCAGAUAUCACGCCAGAAACAUAAUGGCAAGCACACAAACCGGUAAUAAGGGGACUCCUAUCGCACUAAAACGAGCAACCCAAACAAAAAGGAGAGGAUGGCUGACAUCCCUGUACAACGUAAAUAAACAAAACCAACUAACACCGACCCCACAACUAAAAGAACAAAUUAUAGAAGUAUUAGAAGAGAUUAAGAAGUAUGACUUAGCAAAAUUGUGAUUCACCAUGCGGAAACUUAAGGCGACACACUACACCCAGGGAAACAGAGCGAGCAAACUAUUAGCUAGGAGACUAUCACACAGGAACGAACACUCAAAAAUCCCAUAUAUCCUGAACUCAACAGGGGAAAAUGUGAUGUCUUUGCAGAUUAUUACGCAACCUUAUACAAUUUGGGACAGGACCCAGCCACCCCCCAGCCAUCACAAGUGAACAUAGAACGAUACUUAGAGGGAGUAUCCCUGGCAUGUCUAAAUGAGGCACAGAUAGAGAGCCUAAGGGUCCCUAUCACAUAGGAAGAGGUCCUCCAAGCCAUUACACGUCUCCCAAACAGGAAAGCGCCAGGACCUGACGGGCUCACUAAUGUAUACUAUAAAAAAUUUGCUACCAUCCUUGCACCACGCCUAGUAAACCUAUUCAAUGCUGUAACCCAUAAAGCAGAAGCGCCGGCAGAUAUGUUGGGUGCCCACAUCAUUACACUGCCUAAACCAGAGAAACCACCCACAUGUAGCCAAAACUUCAGGCCAAUAUCACUACUCAAUACAGACACAAAAUUAUACGCAAAAGUUCAGGCAACUAGGCUAACACACAUUCUUCCCACACUGAUACAUGAUGAUCAGGUGGGCUUUACCACGGGCAGGCAGGGAUCGGACAAUACGAGGAAAGUGAUCGACCUCAUGCACAGUCUGCAUAGAGGCCAGGAGGAGGGAGUAAUGCUUUCACUAGAUGCCGAAAAGACCUUUGAUCGCCUUAACUGGUCUUUUCUCGAGGCGGUGCUCCAGAAAUACAGAUUUCCCCGACCAUUUAUAAAUGCGGUAAGAGCACUAUACUCACACCCCACAGCAAAGGUCCUCAAUGCAGGAUUUUUAUCAAACAAAUCACCAUAACCAAUGGGUCUAGGCAGGGAUGCCCUCUGUCCCCAUUACUAUAUAUAUUAGCAUUGUAACCGUUCGCAGCAUCAAUACGGGCAGAACCAUCCAUACAUGGCAUCACCUUAGGAGAUAGAGAGUAUACACAUAAACGAAAGCCUUAUGACCAGACUGGUCACGGCAUUCUCCCUAGACUGGAGACAUGACUACCUGACGUUUCUGGGACUUAAACUCACAAAAAAAAACACUCAACUAUUCAACCACAACUAUGUACGUUUACACAAGGAAUUUACAGAAUCCAUGUAGGUAUGCAGGGGGAAGUAAAAAUUACACUUGUACCCAAAAUCCAAUAUCUCUUCCGUACACUACAAAUACCUAUACCGAAACAGUUCCUAAAAAAUAUGCAACACAUCAUCACCACCUUUAUAUGGGAGGGGAAAAAAGCAAGAGUAGCAGCGGGAACUCUACAACAGACAGUGCGAAGAGGAGGACUGGGCCACCCGAACCUGACAGCCUAUUAUAGGGCAGCGUAUCUCCAUAGCAUAGCACAAAUAAACCACCCAACCAAUGCACCACAAUGGGUAACCAUAGAAUCAUACUGGGCUCCCAGAAGGGAUCUACGAGCAAUACUAUGGCAGCAAAAAUGCCCCAGACACAUCUAGGACAAACUCUUGCCCAGCACCCAAACCCUGUUACAAGUAUGGAACAAAAUGAGAGACAAGCUGGUGACGAAGCAGUCACUCCCCCUGGCCACGCUGAUACAAACAAUAGGGCUGGAGAUCCCAACCUUCCCGUGGGAAACAUGGGCGAGGGGGGUUCUACACCACAUGUAUCAGGUAAUUGACAGGGGGCGCCUGAAAACACUCCCAGCCAUUCAAGCAGAGUACGCAUUGCCCACUAAGACCACAUUUUCCUACAUGCAACUAAAGUCAUACGUGACCGAUAAAUUAGGUGACGAAAAAGACCCAGAGGACACGAUAAACAUGACGUAUUUCGAAAAACACUGUGUAGGUACCACAAAACUCAUGAAGACUCUAUCCUGUGGAUACCAGGAGCUGAUCAUAUCCCAAACACAAAAGCUAGACAAGAUUAAACCAGCAUGGCACCAAGAGCUGGGACAGACAAUUCCAAACGAUACAUGGGAAAAAGCCUACUCAGCACACCAGGGGCUCACGGAAUGCAAUACACAUCUAGAAUUGCAACGCAAAAUAAUGUUCUGCUGGUACCUAGUGCCGGACAAACUGCACAAGCUGUGGCCCAAUACCAGCAACAAAUGCUGGAGGUGUGGGAGAGGGGUGGGAACAUUGUUACACAUUUGGUGGUCUUGUGCUACGCUCAGCACCUUCUGGAAGGAGGUAGCCCAACUACUACUAAAAUGCUACCGACACCCAGGUUGGAUAGCCCACAAACAUGUGUUCUGUUCAUGCUGCCAAGGGGUAUCCCGAAACACAUUAGGACCAUAAUAUACCAGACUAUCAUAUCAGCAAACUUGCUGAUAUCCAGACUAUGGGAAAAAACUAUAUCCCCCACAAUUGAUGGCUUGAUAAAGCAGAUAGAUCAAAAUUGGGAGUAUGAACUUAUGGCGACAACACAAUUCGGCGCACGAACACACAUACACGAAGCACACAGAACAUGGAUAGCAUGUAGAAAGCCCAAGGUACGAGAGCCAUAAGCCACAAACCCAUCAAAUUGAAUAGAAUGUAAACCACUAACCAAGUGAUACUGUGAGUAGUAUCGACAACUACCAAUAGAUGUAACGACACACACCCCACUCAGCAGUAGCUAAAUCAUAGAGUGUAGGGCUGGAGUAGGAAUGAGAACAUUACUUUGAUAAACAUAUGGGAAAUCCUUCAUGACAAACAAAUACAAGCUUGUUAAUGUUAACCUCUUUUGUAAAGAAAAACUGCGCCUCAGAGGUAUGUAAUAACAUUAUACAAAUAUAUUCUGGGCCAAUACAAACCAUUGUCUGGAAAUCUAUUCAUAAACAAGGCUAUACAUAAGACAUGAAAUCACAUGUUUAGACAGAAAGAAAUUAGAUUUAGUCUAUAGCAAAGGAAAGGUUAUUUUACAGUAAGAACAAUAAGGAUGUGGAAUUCUCUGCCUGAAGAAGUAGGUUUUUAAUCAGAGUCUGUAUGGAUGUUUAAACAGCAACUAGACUCAAAACAACAGCACAUGGAGAGACAAAAUAGUAUAAGAACAGCCAGGUGCAAACCAUAUAAACACUCCCUCAAGUGCUUUAAAUAUUCAAAUGUAUAUAGAAUAUAGAAUGCACACUAUAACAAUCUCAAAAAAAACUUUGCUUUAUUAUGUACAAAAAAGUACCAGAGUGAAAACAUAUAAAAAAAAGGAUAAACAAAGUGACAGAAGCAAGGGCAAACACAAUAAAACAAUAGUAAAUUACCACAAAAAUUCUUACAAGCCUCCAGACAGAAACACGAGUCACCAAACCCCCCCAACGUUUCGGCACCAACUGGCUGCUGUGUGUGUGUGUAUGGACUCAGUACCCUUGAUAAAGGCAGCCAGUUGGUGCCGAAACGUUGGGGGGGUUUGGUGACUCGUGUUUCUGUCUGGAGGCUUGUAAGAAUUUUUGUGGUAAUUUACUAUUGUUUUAUUGUGUUUGCCCUUGCUUCUGUCACUUUGUUUAUCUUUUUUUUAUAUGUUUUCACUCUGGUACUUUUUUGUACAUAAUAAAGCAAAGUUUUUUUUGAGAUUGUUAUAGUGUGCAUUCUAUAUUCUAUAUACAUUUAAACAGCAACUAGAUACAUUCUUGCAAAAACAUAAUUUUCAGGGAUAUAAUUUUUUAAUUGUGGGGUAAUAGCCUUUUUAUCCAAGGAUAACUCUGACUACCAUUCUGGGGUCAAGAAGGAAUUCUUUCCUUGUAUGUUGUAAAAUUGAAAAUGCUUAAAAUUUGAUUUUUCUGCCUUGUUUUGGAUCAACACCAAAAACAUAUGUGAGAAAGGCUGAAGCCUAAGUAACUAUAUAACUCGAUUCCUAUCUGUUAGGGCCCCUAAUGAUUUAUUACAGAAAUCUGGAUGUGGAUGGGGUGGGGGUGGGUCUCUGUUAAUGUGUCAAUUUAUACAUACACAGCAAUACUUUGUGAUCAAAGGGUUUCAUUUCUUGCCAGUGACACAGACCAAGGAAUAACCAGGUUAACCAGUGCAAUACUGGGCAUAAUCAUGCCCACUGUUCAUGGCACCUUGUCAAGAGAUUAGUUUUAAACAGUGGCAUCGCUAGGGGGGCCAUGGCCCCACUACAUCAUGCUGUGCCCCCCCAAAUGCCGGCAACUUGCUGCUGGCCAUGUGCUUCAAUUCUAUUCCCUCGGACUGUAACAGUCUGUGACAGCCUGAGGGAAUGCAGUGCUGGCUGUUGUCUUUGAAGAGAUGCUGUGGCACUGACAGGCUAUGUGUGUAUGGACUCAGCAGUCUGUGUGUGUAUGGCCUCAGCAGUCUGUGUGUGUGUGUGUGUGUGUGUGUGUGGACUCAGCAGUCUGUGUGUGUGUCUGGACUCAGCAGUCUGUGUGUGUAUGGACUCAGCAGUCUGUGUGCGUGUAUGGACUCAGCAGUCUGUGUGUGUGUGUAUGGACUCAGCAGUGUGUGUGUAUGGACUCAGCAGUGUGUGUAUGGACUCAGCAGUCUGUGUGUGUGUGUGCGUGUGUGAACUCAGCAGUCUGUGUGUGUGUAUGGACUCAGCAGUCUGUGUGUGUGUAUGGACUCAGCACUCUGUGUGUCUGUGUGUGUAUGGACUCAGCAGUCUGUGUGUGUGUGUAUGGACUCGGAAGUAUGUGUGUGUGUAUAGACUCAGCAGUCUUUAUGUGUGUAUGGACUCAGCAGUCUGUGUGGAAUCAGCAGUCUGCGUGUGUGUGUGUGUGUGUGUGUAUGGACUCAGCAGUCUGUGUGUGUGUGUAUGGACUCAGCAGUCUGUGUGCGUGUAUGGACUCAGCAGUCUGUGUGUGUGUAUGGACUCAGCAGUGUGUGUGUAUGGACUCAGCAGUCUGUGUGUCUGUCUAUGGACUCAGCAGUAUGUGUAUGUGUGUGUGUGUCUGCUAGUGAGGAAGCUUUUGUGUGUGUAUGGACUCAGCAGUCUGUGUGUGUGUAUGGAAUUAGCAGUCUAUGUGUGUGUAUGGACUCAGCAGUGUGUGUGUAUGGACUUAGCAGUCUAUGUGUGUGUAUGGACUCAGCAGUGUGUGUGUAUGAACUCAGCAGUCUGUGUGUGUAUGGACUCAGCAGUCUGUAUGUGUGUAUGGACUCAGCAGUCUGAAUGUGUUUCUGUGUGUGUGUGUAUGGACUCAGCAGUGUGUGUGUAUGGACUCAGCAGUCUGUGUGUGUGUGUGUGUGUGCGUGUGUGGACUCAGCAGUCUAUGUGUGUGUGUAAGGACUCAGCUCUCUGUGUUUCUGUGUGUGUGUAUGGACUCAGCAGUCUGUGUGUGUAUGGACUCAGCAGUCUGUGUGUGUGUGUGUGUGUGUGUAUGGACUCAGAAGUCUGUGUGUGUGUAUGGACUCAGCAGUCUUUAUGUGUGUAUGGACUCAGCAGUCUGUGUGGAAUCAGCAGUCUGCGUGUGUGUGUGUAUGGACUCAGCAGUCUGUGUGUGUAUAGACUCAGCAGUCUGUGUGCGUGUAUGGACUCAGCAGUGUGUGUGUAUGGACUCAGCAGUCUGUGUGUCUGUUUAUGGACUCAGCAGUCUGUGUAUGUGUGUGUGUGUGUGUGUGUGUCUGCUAGUGAGGAAGCUUUUGUGUGUGUAUGGACUCAGCAGUCUUUAUGUGUGUAUGGACUCAGCAGUCUGUGUGGAAUCAGCAGUCUGCAUGUGUGUGUAUGGACUCAGCAGUCUGUGUGUGUGUCUGUGUGUGUGUAUGGACUUAGCAGUCUAUGUGUGUAUGGACUCAGCAGUCUGUGUGUGUGUGUGUGUGUGUGUUUAUGGACUCAGCAGUCUGUGUAUGUGUGUGUGUGCAUAUGGACUGUGUAUAUGGAUACAGUGCCAACUAUGGCACUGUAUCAAGGGAAAUGUGUUUGUUUUUUAAUAAUCCCUAGUGGAAAAUAAUUAAUCCUCAACAAGGGAUUAUUAAAAAAAACAAAAACACAUUGUGUCGGGGCUGGGGCUUGACAUGGGGCAGGGUCAAACUGCGGUGUGGGCGGGGUUAAAUGUGCCCCCCUACUUUUGUCCCUGGCCCACCAUGUGCCCCCCUAAAAAUGAAUUCUAGAGACGCCACUGGUUUUAAAUUAACCAGCAACUGAAGAUGUUCAGCAAAUACUAAAAAUAGUGUAUAUCUGUAUGCAUGGUGCUUCAUGUAUUUACUAUUGAGCUACAAUGUUCACAGGCUGGCAACAGAUAGAGUCACAUGCAGUGGAAUGUUUUUUAUCACAAUAAUUUUUAAUACAGAAUACAUAACAGUGCACACAUAAAAAUACAUUCUUAAAGGACCACUAUAGUGCCAGGAAAACAAACUCGUUUUCCUUGCUCUAUAGGGUUCUUGGGUCCCCCUCACCCUCGGGGCCCGCCUCCAGCCGGGCUCUAGGGUGAGGAAGGGGUUAAUCCCUUACCUUUUCUCCACCGCUGGGCUCCCUCGGCGCUGGGGACUCUCCUCCUCCUUUCCCGUCAUCGGCUGAAUGCGCACGCGCAUUCAGCCAGUCCAUAGGAAAGCAUUCUCAAUGCUUUCCUAUGGACGGCAGCAUCUUCUCACUGUGAAAAUCACAGUGAGAAGCGCGGAAGUGCCUCUAGCGGCUGUCAGUGAGACAGCCACUAGAGGCUGGAUUAACCCAUUUGUAAACAUAGUAGUUUCUCUGAAACUGCUAUGUUUACAGCAGGUAGGGUUAAUCCUAGGUGGACCUGACACCCAGACCACUUCAUUAAGCUGAAGUGGUCUGGGUGCCUAUAGUGGUCCUUUAAAUUCUACUUAAAAUUACCUGUCUCAGCAAACAAAUAUGGGGAUUAGGUUCCACCAUAUGGCCGUAUUGGGUAAAGCCCACCACUGGUUCACAGCACCCCAAUAUCAGUGAGUCCUGCACUAAUUCUAGCAUGGGAGACAAAUAAAUAAUGCUAGCGCUAAAUAUGCUAAAGUGUAUUUAAAUAAUCUUUUGUUAAAGCUUUGUGAAUAUAUAAAAAUAUAAUGUGAUAGAAAACACAAUAUAAAAGAAUGCGGUGUCAAAACUAAACAAUUAAAGUGGUAAUAUGUUGAUUUGUUUGCUUAGAUAGGCAAUUUUUAGUAGUCUUAUAAAAUGUAAAACUAUUUUUAUGUGUGCACUGUUCCUUAAUCUGUAUAUUGUAUACAUUUUGGUCUCUACAGCAGCAUCGUUGCUGGGUGUGACCUAAAUUCCUUUUUUUUAUUUUUUUAUUUACUAAAGAAUUGUGUGUGAGUGAUUGGAGUAUGAUGCUAUGACAUCUCUUCACCUCCUUCACAAUCCACAAGCCAAAACAUAAGAAGAAACUUAGUAGAGUAUGAGGUCUGUCCAGAAAAAGUCAAGCCAUUGUUAAUAUAACGAAAACGGUUUGAGCGACAUUGAUUAUUAUUUUAUUAUUUAUAUAGCACCAUCAGAUUCCAUAGCGCUGUACAAUGGGUGGACUAACAGACAUGUAAUUGUAACCAGACAACUGGAGGUACAGGAACAGAGAGGUGGAGGCCCCUGCUCAAUGAGCUUACAUUCUAGAGAUUGAUGUAACCUGGCAGCAAAGAAGAGUGGACUGGAAUAUGCAUGUAUGAACAAUGAUGAACUUCCUUGUACUAGUUAAUGGGGGUGCUGGAUGCCGUUGACUGAGCAUGUGUACAGUGUGGUCAAAAUAACUGAGCGAGUAGAACAACAAAUCCGCAUCAAAGUUUGGAUUAAGCUUGAACAUUCCUUGCUAAUUAUUCAGAUGAUUCAGAAGGUUUUCGGAGAUGAUGCAAUGAGUGCAGCGCAAAUAAAAGUGUGGCACAGGUGCUUCAAAGAUGGUCGAGAAUCUGUUCAAAGAUUUGGAGCCCUGCAAUUUCCAGAUUUUCCCAAAACUAAAAUCACAUUUAGGAAGAGAUUUCAGACCGUCAAUGAGAUUAGGGUAAAUACAACAAGGCAACUGAUGGCGUUUCCAACAAAGGAUUUUGCAGAGUAUAUUAAACAGUGGAAGAGAUGCUGGUAGAACCUGAUAAGGUCCCAUGGCGGCUACUUUGAAGGAAACUGAGGCAUCAUUGUCCUAUCUGCAAUGUUUUGAAUGCAUCUGCAGUUUAUGGUGUAAUGCAUAUUUUAUAACGCAGUAAGACACACAAAUCUCAUGAAGUUAACAUUUUAUCUUUAUUAUCUAAUUUUUAAAUAAACUGGAAUGUUGUCAACAUAUUAAAUAAUUAUAUUUAUAAUGAAAUAUACUUCUAGGAGAUUUGGGUAAUUUUCUGUUUCAUAGCGGAUACUAAAUUGUGCCACAUCUUUAUUUAAAAUUUUCUCAAAAAUAAAAGAUAGCAAGAGAAUGUCUGUAAAAUGAUUUCAAUAUACUUUUCAUUUAGAGGAUGUUUAACUUUCAUAAUAUUUAAUAACAUUAUUAGCAGUCUAUUCUUAAUUUAUAUUAUUUUAUAUUUUUUAAAAAAAUGCAAUUUAGAAAAAAGUAAACAUUCUGGAAAACUUUAGAUGUAUACAUAUUUAUAUUGUUUUGUACUUGAAUUGUCUGUAAAACAAUCACUUAUGUAUUGAAACACAUCAAACAUCAGGAUUUAUUUUCUAAUUUCAUUUCAUUUUCAUCCCUUUAAAAAUAUAUAUUUUUUAAUUUAGGCAUGUAAAAACCUAAUGUCUGAUUUUCUCGAAUUAUUCGGUUUGCUAACAGCCUUAAAAUAGAAACAGACUAUGACGUAUUAUCAUAUUAUAAAAUGUAAAAUAUUUCUCAAUUUCAAUUUAUUGUUUUAGAAAUUAAUUGACUUAACAUAAAUAUCUGGCAUUACUAAGUAGGUUAAUUGAAGGUCAUCGCCAUGUCUCAAUUGCUAUAUCAUUGUUUGUAUACAUCUACAUUCUUCAAUGAUCUUUUGUAUGAUCGUCAAAAAAGUUAAGUACAGAUAUAUUAUUUUUUUUUUUAAUAUUAACAAAAAUAAAAAGCCAAACAAGAGAAUUAAACAUAUCAAAGGGCCAUGUUAUCAAAAGAUUUAAAAUGUUUUGUUUAUUAAAAAACAACAAUAUAAGUAACUAGAAAUAAGAAAGUUCAUGUAUUUAAUUUUUAAAAGUUGUUUAAAAGCAUUUCUAUUUUCACAUUUUUAUUUUUUUCUAAAAACUUAUUGUGUAGCGUUAAUUUAUAUUUCUUAUUAUUCAUAUUUUUUUAUUUCAUAAUUAUAAUAAUAAUAACAACACACAGGUGCAGUGAGAGAUACUAAUGACUAAUCCUCAAUUUAUUUUUGCACAAAGUAUUUUUUUUUAUGAUUUCUAUAAUUUUUUCCAGUUCAUUUAGCUGACAAAGAAUAUCAUUAGUCAGUGAACACGCUUUUUGCUUUACUUGCUGAAUUCAUAUUCAAACCAAUUAUUAAUUCUUUAAACAUUUUAUGUUAUAAUUUGUAAGUGUGUGUGAAAGGCAGAUACAGGUAUUGGGUGAAUGAGGAUGAUAGUUCAGAGAUGGAGAAUAUCCAAGCAUUGGAUCUUAAGUAGGUUGUUGUGAUUUGAAGCAACGUGAACUCAAACAGAGUUUGAGAGAUUACCAGACCAUUAAACUUGAGACAAAAGAAGGGUUUCAGCUUUCCAGUGAAGCGCCAGAAUGAAUAAGCAUGCAUGCAUACAAAAGUUAAGUAAUACUGCCACAAAAUGCCCAGGGACAUUAGAGCCUGAUAAAUCAAAAGAAUUCCAGAACUAGGUUACUCAGGUGCAGAAUAAUUGACAAUGUCCAGGAGUUUGCUAACCGAUAAAUCAAUUCUUAUUGCAGUGAAAAGAAAAAAAGAUUUUUACGCAGAUGGGUAUGCCAAUAUACUUGUGUCAGAAGAAAAAUACAAUUAUCAAGAUUUAGUAUACAGAUGAUAAGCAUUAAGCAAAGCAAAACUCUACUGGCAGAUGAUCAUGUUUUUUUGUCACUUACCAUCAGAGAAGCAGAUGAGAAAUAACUUAUCAGACCUUCUCAGUGGCCUUGACAGUUCCCUUAAAAGGACACUACAGUCACCAGAACAACUACAGCUUAAUGCAGUUGUUCUGGUGAGUAUAGUCCGUCCCUGCAGGCUUUUUGCAGUAAACACUGCCUUUUCAGAGAAAGCCUAGGGAAACCUUGAGUGGGCACUCCUCAGAUGGCUGUUUUAUUAUUUAGUUUUUUUGAUUGUUGGGCAAUGUUUUUCUUUUUCAUUCUUUCCUUUGCUAGCACUGGUAUUUGGAUGAGUAACGUCUAUGGCCUCCAUUCUAAUAUUGCUGGAUAAGCUUUCCAGAUGAUGUAAUAUUUUUGAAUAAACUUUUAGACUUUUAAUAUUUUUUUUCAACUUAAUAAAAUAUAAAAAUAUGAAACCUAUUUAAAAAAUAUUGAUAUAUCAAAAUUUUACAAAAUGCUAAAUUUUAAAGGAACACUUUAGUAUUAGAAGUACAAAGAUGUAUUGCCCCACAGUUUUCCCCAUCCAUGAAAGGGUUGAAAAAAACCAUUAGAAACACAAAAAAACUACUAAGGGAGAACAACCCUCUAAAAGGGAGCUCCCAAAAAGCUGGUAAAAAUAUAAAAAGAACACAAUAAUGACAUCAAAGGAUACGUUAUUUACUUGGUUGGAGAGAGAGAGGUAAAGAAUGUAUAUACAAGGAGCAAGCACUUAACUUAUGUGGUAAUGUACGGAUUUGUAUCCUAAAAAUAAAAUAAACUUUAUUAAACUUCUGCCUCUGAAGGAUACAAUGGUAACAAUUUACCCAAAUAGUAGUGUUGGUGAGUGAUAUUCACCCUAUUGUGGCGCACGGAAAAACCUAAUGGCAACUCGUUGCAAUGUUAAUUUUGAGAAAUGCAGUGAGAGCCCUUUAAAUUGAGCACAGGGGAUUAUUCACUCCAAUGUCAUUCCUUGAUUUUGUCAGAGGAGGAUUGAUAACUAGUGAUGUCCCGAACUGUUCGCCGAACUGUUCGCGAACGUUUCGCCAUGAACGAUUCCCCGCGGACUCAUCAUUGAGUAAACUUUGACCCUGUACCUCACAGUCAGCAGACACAUUCCAGCCAAUCAGCAGCAGACCCUCCCUCCCAGACCCUCCUACCUCCUGGACAGCUCACUAAGAAUGCAGCUUCACAACGGAUGCUGUCCAGGAGGUGGGAGGGUCUGGGAGGGAGGGUCUGCUGCUGAUUGGCUGGAAUGUGUCUUCUGACUGUGAGGUACAGGCGAACCAUUCGUGGCGAACCGUUCGCAAACCGUUCGGCGAACAGUUCGGGACAUCACUAUUGAUAACCCAAUAAGGGAUGCCCUAUUAGUUGUAAAGUGGAAGUCCUCAUACAAAUUGGAGGUACUGAGAAAUCAGUUACCAAACCUUAAUUGAUAAAAAUAUAGACAAUAUGUCUAAAAAGUGGUAACUGUAAUUGAAUCCUUCUGCAUACUAGUUAAGACCUACAGGAUGGAGCAUUCAAACGGUUGAUACAAUGUAGCAUGAUAGGGUGCUGCUGAAAAACCGCUAUACUUGUUCCCUAUGCUCUCCUAGUAACACCUUUGUGGGUGUUCUAAGCUAACGCUGCCACUGAAAAUAGUUAGCUAAUAUCCCUGUAUCAACUCUACCAAUAAAAUAGUCUCCAAGUUGAAAACCUAGAUCAUUAAAUCGAAAUAAAACUACAACGAAAAAUGAGGGAGAAUUCCCUUCAAGUGCAUAGUUGCGUCACAUUUGAAACGUCACAGAUGACAUACAAGGCAUUGAAGCUGAUAGGUCAAGAUACAUUUAAUAAUCCCGUUUUUUUGGGAGACAAGGUUUAGCCCCUGACGAAUGAGUCUUUGAACUCCGAAACGCGAGUCGGGUUUAGCUCGGCAUGUCUCUCACUUUACUAGAGCACUCAACUAUGCACUAAUUUUUCGUUGUAGUUUUAUUUCGAUUUAAUGAUGAAACCCAUACUGGUGGAGCUGGUACCACCAUCCUGACCAAUUUCCCUAGGUCCCGACCCAACAAAUUUUGGUUGGGAAAAAGGGAAAACUUCUUAUUUCACUAGUUAACCCCUUAAGGACCAGACUGUUUUUGCGAUGUUGUACAUUUGCAACCAGGCAUCUUUUUACACUUUUGUGGUGUUUGUGUUUAGCUGUAAUUUUCCGCUGUCUCAUUUACUGUUUCCAUACAAAUUAUAUAUUGUUUUUUUUCAGGACAAAAGGGGCUUUCUUUAAAUACCAUUAUUUAUAUAAUCUCAUGUAAUUUAAUUUUAAAAAAAUGAAAAAAUAUGAUGAAAAAUUGAAAAAAAUAAAAAAAAUUAACUUUUACGUAAAAAAUCUUUUACUUAUCUACAAAAGCGAAUGAAAAAAACUGCUAAAUAGAUUCAAAAUUUUGUCCUGAGUUUAAAAAAAAAACGUGUUUACAUGCUUUUUUGCUUUUUUUUGCAUGUUAUAGAGCUAUAAGUACAAGUAGGAUAUUGCGGUUUCAAAACAUACAUUUUUAAAAUUUAUCAAUAGUGACAUUGUAACACUAUUAUCUGUCAUAAAUCUCUGAAUAACACCCCACAUGUACAUUUUUUUUUUUUAAAGUAGACAACCCAGGGUAUUCAAUAUGGUGUAUAUCCAGACUCCAAACACUGGCCAAAGUUAGUGUUCAUAUUUGUGUGUGAAAAAAGUAAAAAACUAAAUUGAACGCUAAUUUUGGCCAGUGUUUGUGACUAAGUGGUUACUAAAAAAGACUGGACAUACCCCAUUUGCAAUACCUUGGGUUGUCUUCUUUUGCAAAUGGUAUGCCAUCAUGGGGGUAAUUCUCAUUCCUGGGCUACCAUACGCUCUCAAAGGCAAUGUAACCAACCUGGCCAUUUUCAAUGUAAAAAUAUUUGACCCAUAUAUUUGACCCUGCAACUUUCAAAAACGCUAUAAAACCUGUACAUGGGGGUACUGUUAUACUCAGGAGACUUUGCUGAACACAAAUAUUAGUGUUUCAAAACAGGAAAACUUAUCACAACAAUUAUAUCAUCAGUAAAAGUGCUGUUUGUGUGUGAAAAAUGCAACAAAAAGUCACUUUCACUGACAAUAUCAUCGCUGUGAUAUGUUUUACUGUUUUGAAUCACUAAUAUUUGUUCAGCGAAGUCUCCCGAGUAAAACAGUAGCCCCCAUGUAGAGGUUUUAGGGUGUUGUAGAACGUUACAGGGUAAAAUACAGUGCUAGCAAAUUAAAUUCUCUGGACUUUCGGCCUGGGUUGUCAGGCAGGUUCCUCAAAUUGUAAUCAAUAAAAUUACUUAAUUAUUUAAAAAUAUUACAUAAAUACGCACGUAGAAUUUAAAUAUAUAAGCAUAUUUCUAUAUUUGAAGUCCACGUGUAUAUUUAUAUAAUUAUUUAUGUAAUUUUGUAUAUGGACAUAUGUAUAUUUUGUAUUAUUUUUAUUUAUUUAUAUAUACAUAGAUAUAUACAAUUUCAUUCUAAGUGUAUUUUGAUAUAAAUAUAUAUAUUAAUAUCAAAAUACAGUUAGAAUAAAAUGUCAUAUAGAUAUAUAAUUUUAAAAAAAAUUUAUUAUUAUUUUUACAUUUUUUAAUUUAAAUGUAAUUACUUAUUAUUUGUAUUUUAUAAUCAUAUUUAUAUACAAUAAAUAUAGUUAUUAUAUAUAUUAUAUAUAUAUACGUGUGUAAUUUAAUUAUAAGUGUAUUUUUAUAUUAAUAUACGUACAUAUUAAUAUAAAAAUACACUUAGUAUGAUAUUAUAUAUAUGAUAUAAAGACAUAUAUUAUAUAGAUAUAUGUCUAUAUAUCAUAUAUAUGUAUAUACACACAUAUAUAUAUAUAUAUAUAUAUAUAUAUUAAUUAACAUUAACUUUAAUUUUUUAUUUUAUUUUACACAUGCAGGGAGACUGUCUGUGAUCUACAUAGUAUAGUUGACAGGGAUGACUGAUCUUUAAAAAUAGUUCCAUUUUACACUUUUCAUUAUUUUAGUUAAAGAGUAUUUCUUAAAGUAACAGGUACAACAUUUGAAUUAGCACACAAAACAACAAAAUAUAGGCAGUCGUUAUCCAAUUUUAAUGUACAGAGAGGAAGAGGUGGAGCUGUAAGAGGAAAAGUUGGAACCUAAAGAGGAAGGGGUGGAAUUUAUAGAGGAAAGCGUUGUCUUAAACAGGAAGUGGAGGGGCAUAUUUAGAUUAUGUCGUGAGCGAGUUUAGUCAUACCUAGGGCAGCACAAAACCGAAAUACCGCACUGUGGGUGCCUAUAGUGUCGCUUUAAUAAUUUUGAAAAGUUUAUUCAAAUAUAUUAAAUAAUUUGGAAAACUCAUCCAACAAUAUUAAAUCGCAGUCUAUGUUAGAUUUAUUUUGAUAUAAUAUGAUGUAUAAUCAAGCUCAGUCAGCUAAAUUACUGACCUGUAGCUAGUUUAUUACUUUAUUUAUAUAUUUUUUGUUUGUUUGUUUCAGGCCAUUAAUAUUAUGGAGAAGGCAAUAGAGAAAUAUGGAAAUUAUGAGAGAUUUGAGCAAGCUACAGGAGGCAGUCUUCUCCCAAAGAGUCGUAUAUAUCAUCAGGUGCGGAAAUACAUGGAGAAAGAAGGUUGCCAAGGCGAGGUAUGUAUAACUGGUAUACUUUUACUAUACCAUAUACGAGGGCUUAUUAAUAGUGAAAACAUCAGAGGGAACAUGCUAUCUCUGGUUAUGUCUAUUCUACACUUUCCAGAUGGAAAAUAUUGUAACAUUACUUCUAGCAGAUGGUAGAUAUAAAGCAUCAAAAAGAAAAUCUCUAGGCACUCAGGGUGUUCAAGUCGCAGGCAGAUUUAAUGGUACAAAAAAGAACAACAAUGUUUCGACCUGCCAAGAGUUCGUUGUGGGAUUGCUGGUCCUGUUCCAGUACACCAGGUGCUUGCUGGGAUUGAGUGCGGCUCCUAUCUGCAUUUUUGUAACAUGGUAAAUAUAAAGCAGUCAUCAAAAAAUCUACACAUAUAUUUUAUGUGUAUAUUGGUCAAAACCUGGUAAUUGUGGUUAACUAAUAGGAAUCAAAUAAUACCAUCAUCAACAUCAUCACUUUUGUUAACUAAAUUUCUUUAUGCUGCAUUAUCUUUGGAACAAUGGUAACAAGGUAAUAAUGACAUUUUGACUGAUCUUAGAUUGUUGUUCAUCUUACUGAAGAUUUGCUUUCUCGGGCAUCUAUGACAUUCGUGAAUGGGCGACCAACAUUGACAAUCAAUGUCUCUGCAGCAAGAGAACAGUGGCUGGAAGGGAUACUGAGACAUGAGAUAGGUACUGUGGUUACUCUCAAUAUAAUGAUGAUUUUCUAUAAAAUAUUUUAUACAUAAACUGUUAUAUCUAUAGAAUUUUCUUUCGCCAGCAUUAUAGCAUUUAUGAAUGUCAAUCAGAUGCAAUCCUUCAGGGGUUGUAAUAAUAAAUACAGAAUUGUCUUCAAUAGAUAACAGAAUUUAAAUAUGUAUGCUCAAAUAACCUAAUUGAGAAUAACAAUCACAGAAAUGCAAUGGGCAAAUCCAUUGAAAAUAUGAUUAAAAAAAAACCUACUUGGCAUAUUCAAAAAAAUACAAACCAAAAUAAUGCAAAGUAUUUCAGUGUAUUUAGUAUGUUUAUUUAAACAUUUUAUGUUCUAAAAAUGAUUAACAUUCGCUACAUUGAUUCUUGUUUUAUGGGUUUGAGAAAAUGCUUUUUGAUCUAGAGCACAUAUUAAAGAUAUAUCUUUUUAUUCACAUAGGAACUCAUUAUUUUCGAGGAAUGAAUAACAUUCGGCAACUGUGGAAUAACAGCAGUGGACGUAAGAAGUAUGGAUUGAAACCAGUAAACCCAACAGAAGAAGGACUUGCAAGUAUACACAGUGUCUUGUUUCGCAAGGAUCCCUAUUUGUGGCGGGCUGCUCUUCUCUACUAUACCGUGUACCAGGCAAGCUGUAUGUCCUUCAGUGAACUCUUUCAAGAGUUGAGAAAAUUUGUCAAAGACCCAAACACCAGGUGGGAUUAUUGUGUACGAGCCAAGAGGGGCUGGACUGACACAUCCCAGCCAGGUAAACACAACCAACUACUGGAGAUCAUGAGCUGAAAAGCUCAAAUAAUACAUUAUACAUAUCUCUCUCUCUCUCUCUCUCUCUAUAUAUAUAUAUAUAUAUAUAUAUAUAUAUAUAUAUUACAGCAAAAUACUAAGAACUGUACUUAUACCAGAUGCUAAUGCAUCUAGAACUAGAUCUCUCUAAAGGGAAAAUCAUUUCUUGAUCCAGUUAUUGAAAAAAAAAAAGGUUUAAUUCCAACAAGUACACACUGUACGUACACAUAAAAAGACAGGCCAAAAUCAAUGACAGAAAGCCUUGUGAAUUUUGGCAGUACAGCUUGUUUAGUUGCAUGCCACUGUGCAUUGUGCACUUUAAAGGAACACUAUAGUGUCAGGAAUACAAAUGUGUACUUCUGUUACUAUAGUUCUAAAAUGCCUGCAAGGACAUUCAGUUGACAUCAGAACCACUACAUUAAUCUGUAGUUGUUCUGGUGACUACAGUGUCCAUUUAAUGAAUAUAAUUUUCCUAUGGUAUGAGGUUGCUCUGGACAAACUUCUUUCACGCCUUAUCCCAUGUUAAAAUAACGGCAACACCUGAAGAUUCCACAUUCACAUAUGUACUUAUAUUACAAUGAACAUUAUUUCAUUUGUGUGUUUAGUUUAGUAACUUUGUAACUCAUAACCUCACAGAUCACAGGUUUAGAACAAACUGUAGACUGCACACAAUGAAAUGUAUCCUUACGUUGCCUAUUUUUUCUUCUCGGGGUAAGUACCAACUUACUUGGGUCACAUUGUUACCUCUGGGACAGUCUCUUUGGUGGAGAGUGACAGAUGAGCACACUCAGCCAGAGAGCUAAACCUUGCACUGCCUGAGAGCUUCCAGGUUAACAGGAGGAGACCGUCGGUGGUGGGCAUCCUUAUCUAUAGAUGAGUGUGAAAAGCACCGAGACUUUGUGGAACUAGCUACAUAUGUUUUAAAUUAAAUGCAAAAGAAACAUAACAAAUGUUAUAUGAUCUAAAAAAAAACCUAUGACCAGUAAAUUACUCAAGUAAAUACAUGGUUUUCUAAAAACUAUGCUAGUUUAAUGUUUAUUUUAUCCAUGUCUCUUUUUAUCUCUUACAGGUUGCUUCAGCAAGGAUCAAGUUUACCUUGAUGGAAUUCUACAGAUCCUAAGACAUAGGCAUUCAAUAGAUUUCCAACUUCUAACAUCAAUGGGAAAGGUAAGCGGAAUGCACAUUUUAAAGUACUCCAAGCAUCAUAACCACAAUAGUCCACUAUAGUGAUUAUGGUGCUCUGAAUACUUUGGUGCCCUCUCUGGGUCUGAAGCACCUUACUUGGGGUUUGCCACAUUUACACUGUUACCUCUGGGGCAGGCUCUUUGAUGGAGCGUGACAGAUGAGCGCACUGCACUGCUGGGCCUAGCUUCCAGGGGUACAGGAGGAAACAGCUGGCUGUGGGUGGACCCUAAAUCAUUUGCACAUAUUUUGACUAAUCAGUAAUUACCCUGGCCAGAUCACUCCUUGCACUAUAACCACUACAGAGGGCUUAAUGAUUAUGGUGCUUGGAAUGUUCCUUUAACCAAAAUAUAAUUUUAUAAAUACUACAAUCUCUUUACUAGAAUUCAGAUGAAUAAUCAACGGUAACAAAACUGUAUUAGUCAUAAAGAAAAAAGUGUCUAUGUAUGUAUCUGCCAUUGCAGUAGAUAUUAAUGUUCCCAGAAUCCUUGGCUUAAAAGGGAAACUUUCACUUCCUAGGAUUUUUUUUAUUUUAUGUUUACUACUCCCUUAUAUUUAACAAAAUGUAAUUAAUAUGUAUUUGUGAUGUGUGAAAAAUAAAAUGAAAUAUAGAAAUUAACACCUCUUUAUUCUGCAACAGGGCAUUUCCAUCAUUUCCAUAUUAGUGCCUUGUCAAUCACUGUUAUAAGCUCAGGCCUUUGCACUGGCAGUCGACAUAGAAGACAGGGUUAUUCAAUAAAGUGAGUACUGAGAGUGGAUUCAAAGUGAAUUUCACAUUUCAGGGCAGGAUAGCCAAACUGGAAAAAUUCUCUAAGUCAGCUAUGCUUUAAGUUUGGCGUCUUUGACCUAGAAUGUGAAAUUUUCAACUCACAUUGAAUUCUCACUGUAGUAAAUAACCCUGACAGAGAGAGAGAGCAUGCAGACAAGAGGAGGAACAAAACAUGUUUCUAUUUCUCCUCAUCAUUUGCAGCGCGUCCCCUGGCUGUGCCUGGACUCAACUCCAUUGUGAUUGUGUCAUUUACUACAUUUUGUAAAUACAUUUAAAAGAAAAGAGAACAUUGCAUGAAAAAAAGUUAUAUGUAAUUGUCCAUUUUUUAUUUCAUUUUACCCAAUUUUAUUCAAUUUCCAAGUGACAUUUCCCCUUUAAUACAGCAUUUAUGUCAAUGAAAGGACUUCAAGUGUCCAUAUGAUCAACCUUUCAACUUUUUGAAUUAUCUUCUACCCAAUCUUUUCUUCUUACCUUUCUAAUGGUGAUAGUAGUUACAAAUAUUACUGGAACUUUUAGCUUCUCUACAUCUGUUUUGUAAUUUCAAAACAAAUGAGUAAAUUUUUAUUUCUUUUCUUUUUUUUUUUAGCAAUCUGCCUCCAUUUUAUAUUGUCAUAUAGAAACACACAGUAAUUAAGAAGUCAUUUUCAUAGCCUUUCUAAUCAUGGAUGUAGCAACUGGUGGGUUGGUUGGGGAAGAUGAAUUCCAACCAGAAAACACUGGUGUAGCUUUUAAACUCACGUUUCACUGUUUAAAAAGUCAAGAAAACCAAAACAUAUGUUAAAAUCGUUGAUUAAAGAAAUACUCCGGGCACCAUAGCAACUUCAUCAUAAUGAAGUUGUUAUGAUGCCAGGAGGUCCCGGGCUCCAGAUUACAUUUAGGGAUUAAUCUUCUCUCCAGCGCAAUUUAACUUUGCCCCUGUCCGUAUGCUUCUCUCAGAUUCUUCAAACAGGGAACCUCGGACUGGGGGGGCUGCUGAUUGGCUGAUUGGCUUAUUGAAAAACCCCAGAAGCUCUUAAGCAGAAGCAUUUGUUAGCUCUGCGGAAGUAUGCCCUGUAGUACGGAACUAGUUAAUUGUUUGAGAAAAUCAGCUUGUCGCACUCAGCCAGUGAACUAGUUCUGCAUUGCUUAAAAGCUUCUGGCUCUCAGACCAAAGUAUUGGAGGUGAGGAGUGGCACCUGGCAAAAGUCAAACAGGGCUCUCCUGGCACCAUAACCACUAUGGGGUGCUGAAUUGGUUAUGGUGCUUGGAGUGUUCCUUUAAACAUACCAGUAACUUUGAUUUUUGAUAGAAUAUAAGUAAUUAAACCUAUUUUUGCUUGUAGAAAAACAUAAUAUACAUUUUUAUUGAAGGUUUCUUAUGAAGACAUAGAACGUCUUAAAAGUCUUGCUGUGCUUGAAAAUGCAAGGAUUCCACAGUUUCUCCAGGACAGGAACCGUUACAUUGAGUACCUGGAAAAGAUAAUGAAGGUGAACGAACUAUCUGAUGCAACGCUUAAAACACUCAUUGACUGAGCAGUGAGCAACAAACGGUAUUUUUAAAAACCAUACCUUCUUUGGUCACACUGGAGAACGACCAUGAUCGAUGGGUGAACAGUCAAACAGUUUUUCUUAGAGGACUGAAAAAAAUAAACAAAACAAAAUACUAUUCCAGCAAAUUAUGAAAUGCACACAUGGGAAAAAGAGCCAGCUUUUCAGCUAAUGUAAAUUAUGGUGCUUCUUGUUCCCUUACAUGUAUUAAAUCUUUGUGUUACUGGACCUAGGGGUGCACUAACAAGAGCAAUAUGUUGAAAGAUGAGCUUUCAUGGAAAUAUCUCCUAAUUAAAAUUUGAACUGUUAUUAUCAAUAAACAAUGGCAAUAUUUCAAAAAGUUUCCAGGAACACUUUGCAGCAGAGAAUCAAAUAAACACAUUAUCGGAAUGUUUACAAUGCCCACCUAUGGGUUCUACAUCUCUGUCCAAAAUCACCCAUGGAGACUCAUCCAUAGGAGCACUUGGGGCAGUGUUCCAAAAGAUAAUAAUUGUGAAUACAAAAAAAUAUUUGUGAUUAUAAAAUAAUAAAGAUAUAUAUUGUUAG